AUGCUGAGCCGCGGGGCCAGCGCAGCGGCGUGCGUCGCGGCGCUGCUGGUGCUGGUGGCGCUGUCUGCGGCGCAGGCGGCGGCCCCGCUGCGAACCCCGGCGUGGCCCGCGCAGCUGUCCGCUCCAAACGUGAGCGCCGAGCGCCGCCUACGCCGCUACGUGCGCUUCCCCGCCGGCCGGUACGGCGCGCGCCCGCAGCCUCAGCCUCCACCCUCCGCCUACCUGCCCGAGCACGCGCCCUGGCUGCCACUCAGGCCGAGCCCACAGCGCGAGCGGAGCCCGCGGCUGGUGUUCCGGGAUCCCGACGCGCCGGGGACGCUGCCCGCCUUCUACCCACAGCACAACGGUCUCAGCUCGCCGGCCGACGACCCGCGGGAGUACCGAAAACAGCCGUACCCUUUCGCGGGCGACCAGUCGAUGUGCUCGCAAGGGACGUGUGAGUUCUUCCUGACUUGCUGGAUGUCUGCGGGGCUGCUGGAGGGCAGCUGCGGCGGCUUCCUGUACGCCUGCUGCCAGCGCCGGCCGCCGUCCACGGCCAAGAAGAGCGAGCACUCGCUGGCGCCGCUGCCGGACUACGGGCCUGUGCUCAACGACCCCCGGUGCGGGCUGUCCUCUGGCAAGCUGGGCCAGCUGGUGGGCGCGCAGCGGAGGAUCGUCGGCGGUGACGAAGCGGGCUUCGGCAGCUUCCCCUGGCAGGCGUAUAUCAGGAUCGGAUCCAGCCGCUGCGGAGGUUCCUUGGUGAACAGAUACCAUGUCGUCACUGCCGGACACUGCGUAGCCAGGGCAAGCGCGCGCCAGGUGCAGGUGACGCUGGGCGACUACGUCAUCAACUCUGCGGUGGAGCCGCUGCCCGCCUACACGUUCGGCGUGCGCGAGAUUCGCGUGCACCCGUACUUCAAGUUCACGCCGCAGGCCGACCGCUUCGACGUGGCGGUGCUGCGGCUGGACCGGCCGGCGCCCUACCUGCCGCACAUCGCGCCCAUCUGCCUGCCCGAGAAGGGCGAGGACUUCCUGGGCCAGUACGGCUGGGCCGCGGGCUGGGGCGCGCUGCAGGCCGGUUCCCGACUGAGACCAAAGACACUCCAAGCAGUUGAUGUUCCUGUUAUUGACAACAGAUUAUGUGAACGGUGGCACAAGUCAAAUGGAAUCAAUGUUGUGAUUUAUGAUGAGAUGAUGUGUGCUGGAUAUAGAGGAGGUGGUAAAGAUUCCUGUCAGGGUGAUUCUGGAGGGCCAUUAAUGCUGGAAAAAGCUGGAAGAUGGUAUCUGAUUGGUAUUGUCUCAGCUGGAUAUUCAUGUGCCCAGAGAGGUCAACCUGGAAUUUAUCAUCGUGUUGCAGAGACAGUAGACUGGAUAUCGUACAUCAUUAAUUCGUAACAGAUGGAACAGCUAUGCAAAAGUGUAUGAAGAUUUAACAAGUUCCUCACUAGUGUUGGUGACCUGAGUAUGUGAGUGUGUUGAAGGAUAUUCACUGAAUUAAGCAAGAGACAUCUUACAACAAAAUGACUGUAAAUGUAGACAGCAUCUGCCUUGUAUGACACAUGGAUGUCAUAAUGUAGUUCACUAACUUCAGGGUUUUCUCUUAAGUGAACAUAUGAUAUUAACAUGGAUGAUUAUACACAAGUUAGAUUUAAAUUAGUGAUGUCUCUCAGUCAUGCGUUAUUUAUGUUGGCUGUGCCUAAUAUUUCACAAAUAUUGUGGUGAACAUAAAUACUUCCACAACUUUUGUCGGAUACAUUUUUAUUUGUGUUUACCAUAUUCAUAAAAGUCAUAAAUUAAUCUCUUUUCUUCAUAUUCAGCGAGAGGCUUGAAGCCUAUUCUGAAUCAAAAUGAAACAUUA